AUGGCGGAGUGCGGCAGCUGGGAAGACCCAGCAUGGGAGAGUUUGAAGAACCACAGCCAGGGAGGUGGGAACAUUGUGAGAAAAAAGGCGGUGGCUUGGGUUUCUCCGCCCCCUCAAGAGCGAGGGGCGGAGAACCGUCCAGCCAAUUGGCGCCGGCGGCUUCACUCGGGCUCCGGGACUCGGAGGGAGCUGCCCAGUGUUACGGCCGCGCCCUCAGUGAGACGGCUUUCAAGUCUCUGUGUGCGCGCCCGGCGACGAACUAGCUCGGCCAGAGGUGCAGCGGCUCAGCGCGCAGGCAGAGUGCGCUGUGGCCUCGGCCAGAGAGGGAGCCGUCGCCACCGCCGCGCGUGCUGGGCCGCCCCUUUUUUCCCUUCCCGGUCCGCACCCCACGAGUUGUGUCACGGAGGAGCGGCGGGAGAGGAGGUGCUCGGCUCAGAUCCUAGGCUACAGUUCUCCGCGCCCUACAAACCAAGCCAGAGGCGCUCCUACACCAGCUACCUGCGGCGUGGACGCCCGCGGGAUCCCAGGACGCCCCAGGCGCUCGGCAGCUGUGGUGAAGGGAAGGAGCUGCUGGCCCUCGGAGAUCCAGGGCCCCUCUUGUUCCCCCGUCUCCAGCCACUGGUCCCCCUAGAUCCUUUCACUUCCACGUUCGAGACUGAGAGCUCAAUGCCGCCGCAUCAAGGGAACCCAGAAUACAUCAGCAAGCCUGUGGCGGAUUGCUGUGGCUGCGAGGUGCCGCCCGUGCCUCCGCGCAGGGUGCGCAGCGGCAGAACUGCAGCGCUAGCUUCUCGCUGUCGGGCUGGCGGCGCCGAGAGGCGCAGCAUCAAGUGCGUGCUGGUCGGAGAUGGCGCCGUGGGGAAAACAAGCCUGGUGGUGAGCUAUACCACCAAUGGCUACCCCACCGAAUACAUCCCCACUGCCUUCGACAACUUCUCCGCUGUGGUGUCUGUAGAUGGGCAACCUGUGCAACUUCAGCUUUGUGACACCGCUGGCCAGGAUGAGUUUGACAAGCUCAGACCCCUCUGCUACACGAACACAGACAUCUUCCUGCUGUGCUUCAGUGUGGUGAGCCCUUCAUCUUUCCAAAAUGUGAGUGAGAAGUGGGUGCCUGAGAUCCGCUGUCAUUGUCCCAAAGCCCCCAUCAUCCUGGUCGGCACUCAGUCGGAUCUCCGAGAAGAUGUCAAAGUCCUCAUUGAGUUGGACAAAUGCAAAGAGAAACCAGUGCCUGAAGAGGCGGCAAAGUUGUGUGCCGAAGAAAUCAAAGCCUCCUCUUACAUAGAAUGUUCCGCCUUGACUCAGAAGAACCUCAAAGAAGUCUUUGACACAGCCAUUGUUGCUGGCAUUCAAUACUCGGACACUCAACAACAACCAAAGAAAUCCAAGAGUAGGACUCCAGACAAGAUGAAAAACCUCUCCAAGUCCUGGUGGAAGAAAUACUGUUGUUUUGUAUAAUGCUGGCAAGAAAGUCAGAAAAACUAUUUUCAGAUGAAAUCAAUAUUAGACGCUAUAUUAGCUGA